AAAAAAAAAAAAAAUUAAAGCGCGAAUUUAACGCCCUCUACAAAGCGCCAAAGUUUUGUAUUGGUUAAAUCUUUUAAAAAACGCUAAUGUUUGUUGCGUUGAAGUUUUAAAUUUAAAGAAAAUUAUUAAUUAAAAUGACUGACAAAGACGCCGUUGAAGAGAGAGUGAUUAAUGAGGAGUAUAAAAUAUGGAAGAAAAAUACACCUUUCCUUUAUGAUCUGGUUAUGACACAUGCCCUUGAAUGGCCUAGUUUGACUGCUCAGUGGCUUCCCGAUGUUACUAAACCUGAAGGUAAAGAUUACUCAAUUCACAGAUUAAUUCUUGGAACUCAUACAUCGGAUGAACAGAAUCACCUGCUGAUUGCUAGUGUUCAACUUCCAAGUGAAGAUGCCCAGUUUGAUGCUUCUCAUUAUGAUAGUGAAAAAGGAGAAUUUGGUGGUUUUGGAUCUGUUAGUGGUAAAAUAGAAAUUGAAAUCAAAAUAAAUCAUGAAGGUGAAGUUAACCGGGCAAGAUUUAUGCCACAGAAUCCUUGCAUCAUUGCUACUAAAACACCAUCCAGUGAUGUUCUGAUUUUUGAUUACACCAAACACCCGUCUAAACCAGACCCUAGUGGAGAUUGUAGUCCAGAUCUUCGUUUACGUGGCCAUCAGAAAGAGGGCUAUGGACUCUCAUGGAAUCCUAAUUUGAAUGGACAUUUGCUUAGUGCAUCUGAUGAUCAUACAAUAUGUUUAUGGGAUAUCAAUGCUACUCCAAGAGAUAAUAAAGUAGUUGAUGCCAAAACAAUAUUCACUGGUCAUACUGCAGUUGUAGAGGAUGUAGCCUGGCAUUUGUUACAUGAGAGUUUAUUUGGAUCUGUUGCUGAUGAUCAAAAAUUGAUGAUUUGGGAUACACGCUCCAACAAUACAAGCAAGCCGAGUCACACAGUUGAUGCUCAUACUGCUGAAGUUAAUUGUCUUUCCUUCAAUCCAUAUAGUGAAUUCAUUCUAGCUACUGGAUCAGCUGACAAGACAGUUGCAUUAUGGGAUCUUCGAAAUCUGAAGCUGAAAUUGCAUUCAUUUGAGUCGCAUAAAGAUGAAAUUUUCCAAGUGCAAUGGUCUCCUCAUAAUGAAACAAUCUUAGCUUCAAGUGGUACUGAUAGAAGGCUACAUGUAUGGGAUCUGAGUAAAAUUGGUGAAGAACAAACUCCAGAAGAUGCUGAGGAUGGACCCCCUGAACUUUUGUUCAUACACGGAGGACACACUGCAAAAAUAUCUGAUUUUUCAUGGAAUCCUAAUGAACCUUGGGUUAUUUGCUCCGUUUCUGAAGAUAACAUCAUGCAAGUUUGGCAAAUGGCUGAAAACAUAUACAAUGAUGAAGAACCUGAAACUCUUGCUACAGAUUUAGAACCAACAGCUUCAUAAAUAAGAUUCUCAUUUUAAUCAUUUCUUCAAGGCAUUCUUUGUGUUGUUAAUUUCAUACCCAUUGUAAUAUUCAAAUGUAAAUGUUAAAUAAAACUUUUUGAUAAAUUUAAAA